AUGGCCGAAGAGACGGGGCCUAUCUUCACUGCCGUUUCUAGCAACGCACACCAACUCUACACUUUACUUCAUUGCAUUGGCUUUGCGCGGAAUGCCACCGUACAAAUAACGCCGGACGGAAUCCGCUUUUCUGUGGAGGAAGCGCGAGUGGUACAAGGACUCGCGUUCCUUGACAAAGCUCUUUUCACCACCUAUACCUUCAAUCCGACCACCACGCCUAGUAACGAAGAUGACGUUACAAUGGAAGAUAUCGAACCAGACGGUUCAAAUUAUCCCUGUUUUGUUGUAUCAUUGUCAGCCCUGCUGGAAACAUUGAAAAUAUUCGGAGUAGGCGAAUCAUCGUCCACUAGCGCCAGCAGGGCAGCCAGCGUCCAGCCUUCAACUGUUUCUGCAUCUAGCGCAUUUACGGCGCCAGCCUUACUUCUCAAUCGUUCUUGUACGUUUCAGUACUCGCAUUACGGCUCUCCUCUCAGCAUCACCUUAGCAGAGACUGGCGUCAAAACUGUUUGCGAGUUGACAACCUACGAACCGGACGAGGGUGAACUCGACAUCCCGUUUCAGCGCGACGGUAUUGUCAUGAAAAUAAUUAUGCGCUCCGCCUGGUUACACAACGCAAUCACGGAGCUCGGUGCAACGAAUCCGAAAAUCUUGAAAAUUUCCGCAUCCGCAAAAGAAGAACCAUUCUUUACCCUCUCUGGUGCCGGUGGUCCAUUCAGCGAGUCGUCAGUGGAAUUCUCGAUUGAGCAAGACGGCCAAAAUAACGGAACACAAUCAGAUACGCACCGCAAAAUACUAACGAACGACGGAACAACUCGAUCACGAGCUACAAGAGCCAAACUUGCCCCCACAGUUACAGAGACCUUUCUUGUUAGUCCGCCUUCCUCAAUGGGAUCUCGCUUGAAACAGGACUUUCGGUUUGGCUUCAUCCAGAAGGCAUCCCGCGCCAUGGCGGUGGCUACCAAGGUGAGCAUACGCGGCGAUCGACAGGGUGUGCUGAGUUUGCAAUUCAUGAUUGAGUUUGACAAGGCCGGAUCUGCCACUACAAGCAACAGUUCGCGUCCCGUAAAAGAAUCUCGCGCAUCAACCGUCAGCUUCGUGGAUUUCCGUUUUGUACCGUUAGUCGAUGAAGACGAGCUUGGGGGUGCGGAGGUUCGCGAUGACAUGGAUUAA